UCUCUGCAGCCAAUAAGCAACUGACAUUUGACAGGAAACGUCCGACCCUGGGUCUUGUUGGCCAAUCAUCGUCGAUGGAAGGCGGCGAUUUCGCUGAGAUUCCCCCACGUGACCCUCCUCAGUAGUUCCCAGGCGGUCACAUCGCGGAGCUGUAGACUAUGCAUCAGAAGGUCCUGUUGUUCGUUCUUCUGGCGGCAGGCCUCCUCUGCCUCAGCCUGGUCCCUGUCUGUCAGGCCCAGGAUCUGGAUGAGGACGUGGACGUAGAGGACGACCUGGAUCUGGGGUUGGCUGGAACCGAGGACGAUGAGGAGGAGCUAGAGGGAGACGAACAGGAUGAAACCCCGCCUGCAACAAAAACUGCUGCACCAAAGGUGACCUACAGGGCUCCAGAACCAAUGGGGGAACACUUCUUCGCAGAGUCCUUUGACCGGGGGACCCUGGACGGGUGGGUUCUGUCCAAGGCCAAGAAGAAUGAUGCAGAUGAAGAAAUAGCAAAAUAUGAUGGUAAAUGGGCAGUAGAAGAGAUGAAGGACAGUAAGCUCCCAGGUGAUAAAGGUCUGGUCCUGAAGUCCCGAGCCAAACAUCACGCCAUCUCUGCACAUCUGCUGCGACCUUUCGCCUUUGACGCCAUGCCCCUCAUCAUCCAGUAUGAAGUGAACUUCCAGUCUGGGAUCGACUGCGGUGGCGCCUACGUCAAGCUGCUGAGUGAGACUCCUGAUCUGGACCUGGAUCAGUUUGUGGAUAAGACUCCGUACACCAUCAUGUUUGGACCAGACAAAUGUGGAGAAGAUUAUAAGCUGCACUUCAUCUUCAGGCACAAAAAUCCCAAAACCGGCGAAUACGAAGAGAAGCAUGCCAAGAAACCAGACGCUGACCUGCGGUCCUACUUCACAGACAAAAAGACUCACCUGUACACUUUGGUGGUGAACAGCGACAACAGCUUUGAAGUUCUGGUGGAUCAGACGGUGGUGAACAGCGGCAAUCUACUGACGGACGUGACGCCUGCUGUGAACCCCCCCGCUGAGAUUGAGGACCCCAACGACCACAAACCGGAGGACUGGGACGAGAGGCCAAAGAUCCAGGACCCCGACGCCGUAAAACCUGAAGACUGGGAUGAAGAUGCUCCCACUCAGAUUCCUGAUGAAGACGCAGUCAAACCAGAUGGUUGGCUGGACGACGAGCCCGAGUACAUCGGAGACCCCGACGCCAUCAAACCCGAUGACUGGGAUGAGGACAUGGAUGGAGAAUGGGAAGCUCCCCAGGUCCCCAACCCCGCCUGUGAGAGCGCCCCUGGCUGCGGCCCCUGGAAACGGCCAAUGAUCGACAACCCCAACUACAAGGGCAAGUGGAAGCCCCCAAUGAUUGACAACCCUAACUACCAGGGCAUCUGGAAGCCGAGGAAGAUCCCCAACCCAGAUUACUUUGAGGACCUGCAGCCGUUCAAGAUGACGCCGUUCAGCGCCCUGGGACUGGAGCUCUGGUCUAUGACCUCCGACAUUUUCUUUGACAACUUUUUCAUCACCAACGACCGCAACACGGCCGACCGCUGGGCUGCUGAUGGCUGGGGGUUGAAGAAGGCAGCAGAGGGUGCUGCUGAGCCUGGUCUGGCAGCUCAGAUGCUGACCGCCGCAGAGGAGCGUCCCUGGCUGUGGAUAGUCUACGUCCUCACUGUGGCCCUGCCGCUCGUCCUCAUCGUCGUCUUCUGCUGCACAGGAAAGGAUAAGAAGAAGACUCCAGCAACCGCAGCAGAAUACAAGAAGACAGACGAACCUCAGCCUGAUGUGAAGGAGGAGGAAGGUGAAGAAGAGGAAAAGGCUGAGGAGGAAAAUGGCAAAUCAGCUGCAGAAGAUAAAAGUGAUGAAGAUGAGGCUGCUGCUGAGGAUGGAGAGGAUGGAGAGAAGGAAGCCAACUCAGAUGAGAAAGAAGAUGACAUUCUGCGGAGAUCUCCCAGGAGCAGGAAGGUCAGAAAGGACUGAUAUCUCUAAAUCUUUAUCCUUGUCCCCCCACGCCUUCCUCCCGCCUCCCCCACGUCAUCUUCCUCCUCCUCUGCUCCGAGGCCACAAAGCCUGAAUGGAUCUGGAAAAAGCAGUGGAGCCGACAGAAUAAUGAUCAUGAUUCCAACAAGAUCUGGUUUAGGACUGAAAAGGAUAUUUUUUUCUUGUUUUUGUUUUUCUAAGACAUCAACGGAGAUUCAUUAAAACGUCCUGCAUCAUUCCAACCUGUGGAGUCGACGUUCCUCCACCAAACAGCAAACCGAUCAGUUAGCAGGAAGCAUCGUCCUGCUGGACAAACACACUGGCUGCUAAUCAGCCCACCGAUAACUAACUUAAAAACAACUAACUACUAGCAGCUCAUAGAGGUUCUGAGUUAGUCUGCUAGCUGCCUAAUAAACCCAGAACAUAGUGUUUGAGGAUAAAUUAACUGGGAACACUCCAACUUUUUUUCCAUGUGUCUGUUUGUGUCCUGUUGACUGUAAAGCAGUAACUACCUGUUAACCCUGCAGUGGGUUCUGCUCUCUGGGUCAGACAGUCAGGAAGCUCUGGAAACACCUGAAAGUUUGAGUCUCCAGCAGCAGGUUGUCUGUUUCUGCUUCUAUAUUCAGCACUUGCUCCCUUCAGCACCUCAGUGACAGACUAAUCCCCAUUUCAAAACAAUAAAAGGGACCAAGAGUGAACACAAAGCCCUGAUAAACCUCCUACUUGCAGUACCCCCACCCUCUUUGUGCUCUAUAUCCCUUAGUUUCAUGGAAUAAGAAAUGCCUUAUUGAAUCAAAAGUCAAAUCCAGUAAGAAUCUGACCAUCAGGAACAUGAUUGGGUCUUCAGGGGAUGAACAAGGAGGGGUAAACUACCUGCAGUUACCACCAGUUACCAGAGGUGGUGCUAAGACGACUUAAAAUCAACUGCUGCUGGUUUUUCUUCAGUUGGUCCUGAGCUUCCUCUUAAUGUUAUUUUUACAUUACACAUAACCUCUAGCUCUCGUCCAGUGGCUGUACAACUUGAUAUAUUUUGAAAAUAAAAACAGAGCCAUACUAAAGUUGUUGAUUAUCUAUCUGAAAACAGUUUGAAGUGUAAACUACCGCACUGUCACCAUCACAUCAGCUGACAUUAGCUAAGUGAGGUUCUGUGAGGUAGUCCUCAGUGGAUCAUUUUAUCUGUAAAGCUGAUGCUAUCAGAUGUUCAAAAAUAAGUGGAUAGAAAAAUAUUGUCUUUUUAUUCAUGUGCAGUUGGACUGGAUUCAAAGAUGUCAUCCAGUUCCCUCCAUUUAAUGUUUUUUUUUUUUUUUUUACCAAGUGCUUCCUUGCAAAAUUCAGACUUACAUUCACCUUUUCUUCAAAUUUGCUUUAUGAGAACUGCUGAUGCUUUCUAUCAGUUUUUUUGUAGAAAUUAAAAUAUUUGGGAGCCUCAGCCUUCAUUUUAACCAGUAGGUAACAUGGAGCAAUUAUCUAAUUUAAUUUCGCAUCUUCUUGUGUUUGGUUUUUAGAUUGUUUAGUUGUGUUUUUGUUUUAAAGUUAUAAUUUGUAUUAUUUUUUUCCACAAGAUGAUGCAGAUAGUGGUUGAUCCUCCGAUCAAUCCUGAGCGGGGUCGCCUCAGUAGACUGCUUUUGUUGCUGGUUGUUUAAUGUAGAGAGGAGGGUUCACAGCCAAACUGCGAUCGCUACUGGUUCGUCUGAAUCCUCACUGAAAGCCUGUUUCUGAACGUCUGCUGGGAUCGGCUGGUCCUUCAAUGUUUGCGUCCUGUGAUUGGCUUCAAACCGAGCUUCCUCGUCUUCGUCCCCCCGUGGUCUGAUGGGUGGGUUGGGUCUCUGACUUUAAACUAACACUGUAUCUGCUGCGUCAUAUUCCUCCCAUGGUCCUGGACCGACUGGUUGUAGAAAGCUCCAUCUUUGAAUGAAACACUGUGAUGAUGGAGCCGGAUGUUGCUGUGCAUAGACACACAGCAAAAAUGUUUUGAUGAAUAAAAAAAAAGGCUGAAUGGAAA